UCCACGGAAACAAGACGUGGAGCAAUAUUUCCGGAAGGGGAACGUUGCGUCACCGCCUACAGAUCCGAAACGGCGCUUUAGAACAAAGAAGGAUUCUCAGCAUGAAGUCACAGGGGAGACUGUGGGUGUAUUUUGUCCAAAUCCUUUAUUUGGGAAUCUCGAUUUCCACUCCCGCUCCAGUUUUUGAAGACGAAACACGCCCAAAUUUCGUCUGUACCAACGACAUGGAGGAAACCAUGUCCUGCCACUUCCAGAAAAACUCCGGACAGCAAAACUGCAGCGAGUAUACUUUAAAUAUUACAAACGAGGAGAAUGAUUGUAUUUUCAAGCAGUGUGAUUCUGGCUGCUGUUGCUCCAUCAACAUGGUGCUGAUUAUAUCGGAUACUUGUAUAGCAACGGUUUCGAAGGAGAACAAAAUUGUGGCAUCUAAAUCAAUCAGCAUCACAUACAGCAUAAAGCCCAAAGCUCCAACAACUGUCUCAGUAAACGAGACCCAUGGGAAUUUCAAAGUCACAUGGAAGAGAAACGCCGCAAAAGCAUUUUUCAGGGACAGGUUGAUCGACACUGUGACUUACCACAAAAAAGGUGAUAUGGAAAAGGUAUAUAAUAAAACUGCAACACAAGCAGUAAUGAAUGGAUUUUCUUACUAUGAAAUACCUGGUCAAGAGCUGGAGCCAGGAACAUAUUUGGUCCGUGUGAAAAGCUACACAAACUAUAGUGGCCGGUACUCUGACAGUAGCGAGGAAGUGGAAUUCGAAGUCCCUGCCUCCUCUUAUGUCCUGGACUUGGCUGAGAUUAUCAUCCUGAGUGUUGCUUCAGUCGUCAUUACCAGUGUUGCAAUUGUCUGUUUCGUAAACUUGAAAGCUGUGUGGUGGGACAAAUACCCAAAUCCAAAGCUUAUUAAUGUGCAUCCUGCUAAGAUAAUGCUCUUGGCCCCAUCACAAGAAAACUUUUCGAAUAUAAGUGUUGAUGUCACUCAUCUGGAUGAUGACAAACUAUGGUCAAAGUGUGCUGUGACUGACAGGAGCUGUGGGAGCCAGGAGCAGAGCAGCGGGGUCAGUACAGGCUCCUCUUCUCUCAGUUAUGCUAAGGUGGAACCCAACAUCAAAGCCGGUGUUCAGAAGGCUCUCAGUCAAGCCAUGUCAGAGCUCAGGAUUACACCUUCAGUGACCACCAGUUCGCCGACAGACUACUACCAUAACUGCUUGAGCUCCACUUCUGACAAUCUGUGUGGAGUGACAGCUGAUGAUUUGAACAGUUUUACACCAUCUGCCUUCAGCAACAAGACCUAUUCCAUCAUGCCUGCAUUCCAAACUCAGAUUACGAGUCUCCUCUCUAGCAACCAAACGGACACAGGAAUACUGUGUGGUUCUGCGUACCAACCCACUGAGGGUAACAUGUCGGCAAAUGACCAAGAGGUACUGACUUGUCUGAUUCCGGUGCAACAAGAUGCUAAAUUACAGCCAAACAUUUCAUCGCUCAUCCAAACAGAUAUGUCAUAUCAGCAAUGCAGUGUAGAUUCUGGGAUUCUGUCACAUGUAGAAGAUUCCAUCUUGUUCUCUGCGGUAUCCAACAUCAACACAAAUGAGUCUAGUGAUGGUGUAGUCAGUGACGUGCCAACGCCAAAUGAUAACACUCAAGAUGUGUGCAGUAAACACAAAAUCAAAUGUGAUCAAUUCCCCCUCCAUGACAGUCGGCCUGCAGAUGGAUGCAGCUUUUUGGUUGUUGAUGAUGAUUACCAAUCAUUCCAAAAUCUAGUGGCACAGCCAAAGAGUUUAUGUGCUUUGCAGAAUAAUUGUGAUAAAAGGGCAGAUUUAGACACAUUUCCUGGGAAAAAUUCCAGUUCCUCGAGGGUGGACAUUCCAAAUUUCAUUCCUGGUCCUAAGGAUGGUCAGUGUCUUUUGGGGCUUCACUGCCCUUUUAUCAAUUUUUCUGGAGACCUUUCAAUGCCUAUAAUCAUGGACAGCGGUUAUCAAAGUGUGCAGCAUUGAUUCUCUGAUCCUUGUAUAUAUUAUUAUAGGUAUAUUCUAGAGAUGUGUAGCAUCCAUUCACCCACCCGCUAAUAGCUGCUUUUUCAAGUCAUAUUAUCAAUCUGUUGUUGGGUCACUGCAAAAGCAGGUACAACAAGGCUAAAUGUUCAUUUAAUCCAUCAUAUCCUCUACGUACAACUGGGGAAUGUCAGAGAGUUCCUAUUGUGGGAUAUAAUUCCAGCAGAAUGCACUGGGCUUAAGGGGUCCUCCACUAGUCAAUAAACAUUUUAUUCAUGUACACAGUAUGUGUAGCGGCUUUGCUCUGUCUCGUCUGCAUUGCAUUGUGAUUGACUCCUCCCACUUACCCCCCUGGGGAUGCGAACUCACAAUCUCCAGCGUGGGAGGCGGACGCUCUGACCAGUCCGCUAAAAACGCCUCCUCUGGCCUGAGUGGCCAGAGAAUUCUUUAGCUGUCAGGCAGUGAAGCCUAAUGACUACCAUAUGCACAGCGACUCCUGCUGUCCUCCGUCACGUGUGUGUAAUAAUUAUUCAUUUAUUACAUCUGCCAAGGACAUAAUCAGCAUUUAUUUAUAGAGCGCUUUACAUUAAAAACAGAAACAAA